AUGGAUUUUAUAGGAGAUAUUGUAGAACAUGAGGUAGAGGCACCUACUCUUCCUGUCCAAAGAGAAAUUUCAGGGUUUCCAAAAAGAAAUAAAGAGAAAAAGGAAUCCAGAUGGAAGCAAAGGCAACAAGCAGUGAAGAAGGUUGAACCUUCUAAAAAGCCAUUGUCAGAAGCAGAAAAGAUCCACAAUGAAAACAUGGAAAAGAUCUCAAGAAUGACAGAAGGAGAAAUUGAAAACGAAAGAGAAGAAUUAUUACAAAGUUUAAACCCCAACUUGGUAAAGAGCUUACUAGCUAGAGUAGAGAAGAGACUGAAUAAGAUCGAAAGUCAUGAUCAUGUCCAUGCAGAAGGAUGCGAACACGACGGAUGGAUUGGUGGUGACAGAGAAGGAAACUUGAGUCUACCAGCUCUUGAUGAUCACGAUGUAGAUGUAGCAUUAGGGGUUAAGGCUCUAGAUAUAGGUAAAGAAGAUAAUGAUGAUGAAGAAGAAGAAAGAGUACAGGACGACUCUGGAAAUUCCAAUAAUCCAAAUGCAAAGGCUGUUAGGUUUAACGAUAUAGCUACGGUUAAGUAUGAGGACUUAGAUGAAGAUGUCGAAUUAAAUCCGAAUGAGUGGGAAGACAUAGAUGAUAUAAACGACUUAGUGCCAUCAACCCCAGGACUCGACGAGAUUGCCGAGAGUGGAUACCAGUUGGUUGAAGACGAUGAUGAAGAAGAGCCAAAGGAAAGUGUCCAUUUCCCUAAACCGAAAUCAGAGGACCUUGACUUGGAUGAUCCAGAAUUUUUUGAAAAACUCCACGAAAAGUAUUACCCAGAUUUACCCAAAGAAACGUCGAAGCUCUCCUGGAUGACUACACCUAUGCCAGCCACUAAAACCACCACCUACGAGUCUAUCUCUGAUAUGAGGUUCGACUUUAAGGGUGAUCUUGUUGAGCUAGAAGAUGAAGAAGGAAACCAGAGCAACGAAACCCCAACUUAUGCUGGGCUCCAUCAUCACUCUGAAAAUCCUCACCUUGCGGGAUACACUUUGCCAGAGUUGGCGCAUUUGGCAAGAUCCGUAGUUCCAAGUCAAAGAUGCGUUGCCAUACAAACAUUGGGUAGAAUAUUACAUAAGUUGGGAAUGCAUAAGUUUUCUAUUUUCCCAAGUAUGUCAGAAUCUUCGGAGCCUAAUUCCCCAGAGUUUGACGAAAGCGUUAAGGAAGUAGCAGAUCAGUUUGAGAAGAUGAUUUGGGACUUAGUUGAGAAGUUAAGGAUUAUAGAGAGUCUUACAGAAGCUGCAGACGAAGUAAAGACUAGAAAUCUCUCAGUUAGAAACUAUGCCAUAGAGGCUUUAUGGUUAUGGAAGCAAGGUAACCCAGAAGCGCAAGCACAACCAGAUAGAAAAGACAUGGAGAUUUAG